UCCCAAAAGAAUUCAGUACAUACAAGCAAAUCACACAGACCAGUCAACUCACUCCCAGUCGCAAAACAUAUACAUAACAAUUUACUACUUUCCACACAAUAUAAUACGGAAGAUAAUGAAUCGCAUCCUGGAGCAGGUGAUCCACCAGAAUGGAACCAUGGUGGAUCGCAUAUUAUCGGAGCACACUUUGGGAUAUGUGGUCUCCGACAAUAUGGCAAAUGCUGUGGCAGAAACGUCCUUCGAUAACACAAGUGCCCAGGCGAUUGUGAAGCAUUUGAAUGGACUCCUGGUGGGCACCUGCCAAAGUGUAAUUCGUGACCUUGACCCCUCCAACAAACUCUGCUUCAUGCGCCUGGCCACUCGUAAGUUCGAGUAUCUGGUGGCCCCCGAGGAGUACUUUACCAUCACAGUGGUUCAGUGAGGAAAUAUAUAUAUAAUAUCAUUCAAAUUGGAAUAUUCGAACAGAAUGAAUCAAGUGCUUGUCAGAUAACUUAAAAAUUGCCUUAAACUUUUAGGAAGAAUUUCCUAAGAACAUGUAAAAGUUUUUUGGAAAUUGUUUCCUACAAUUUUAAGGCGAUUUCCUGCUUUCCAGUUCAAAAAUGUACAUAUUGUCUACAAAAAUAUUACAAUGUUGUAAUG